UGAAAACUACCGUAGGAGGAUAAACUUGAAAAGUACCUAAAAAACCAUCGCCUCCUUUCAGCAGCACUUCAGAGCUGUUUCAAUCGAGCUCAAUGAAACUUCAAGAAUGCGUCGCUCAGAAUUUCUAGUCGUUGUUGGCUAAUUUGUCAUAUCAUAUCCUCCUUAAAAGUUAAAACGUCUAUGGCGAGCAAAGAACGUUCCAGUAGGACUGGAGUCCCGUCUUUACUCAAUUUAUGCUUUGACGUUAUCAAAGAUGACCUCCUUCUCGGUGGUGAUGCUGAUCUCAUCGCCUGCGUUUAUCAACUUCCAUCGGAGUUGUUUGAGCUCUUGUUGCCACUGUUACCUCCGUUGUCUUUGCAGAGACUGCAAGAACGAAUGCCAUCUGACUUUUGGGAUGAUCACAGAUUUUCCACUGAUAACUAUGGCAUUCCUAGAAAAAAGAGAAGAUAUGUGGGUUUUGAGAAAGCUUGGGAGGCUUUGUAUAAAGCACGCUGGCCUGAUUGUGACAAGAAAUAUAUGCAAUGGCGAAUAUUCUCGUUACAGAAUGUAAUCAGAAGAAGGGAGUCGAAGCAUGAAUUCUCUCAUGACUGGCAGCAGAUUUACUGGGAGAGACAUCUACAAAAUUGUCUGGAUGCAGCUGCAGAAAUAGCUUUGUUACCCUCUUUUGAAGGUCAUAUUGGUGAAAUUAAAGUUCCUGAUUCUAUACUGAAGUACAUUGGUUAUAGGGGACACUUGCCUAACUCACCUCGUGACCCCUCAAAGCUCUCGUAUCACUGCCAGCAAUUUGGAUUAUAUGCCUGUUAUUUGAAGCUACCUGGUGUGCUUUGUGUCGCAGAAACCUGUCAUUUGUUAAGAAAUGCUAAAUUGCAGAGUUUGGAACUAAGGUGGAUAAAAUCUCAAACUGGAGAGGAUGUUGAGGGAUUAUGUAAGCUUUUGAGGCAGAAUAGUGGAACACUGAAGUCCGUUAGUUUUAUAUAUUCCAAGUUUUCUGCAUCAUCUCUGACUGCAAUUUGUAACUCACUAUGCUUCAAUGGUCUUCAAACUCACCAUAUCCAGCACUUCACUAUCAUGGCAUCAAGACUUCUUUUGGACAACGAUGGAUCUCUUCCACCCAGUGGGCUGCUGCAUUUCUUAUCAUCUGGGAGGUCAUUGUCUUCAUUGAACUUGUCUGAUAACAAACUUAAUCAAAAGAGUGCGAGAAUGACCUUGCACACACUCCUCAGCACCUUGUCUAGCAUAUCCAUUCUAGACCUUUCGGAAAACAAUAUUAAUGGAUGGCUUUCUCAUUUUAAAUGGCAGUCCACAAGUAGCAUGCACUUACCUUGUGGGAUGUCCAAUUCAUUGAAGUCUUUACGGGUACUGAAUUUAAGGAACAACAAUUUACAAAAGGAUGACGUGGAUUGUCUCAGAUAUGUGCAGAUCUACAUGCCUAAUUUGGACAGUCUUGAUUUAAGUGACAAUCCCAUUGAGGAUGAUGGAGUCAGGAGUUUAAUUACUUACAUUGAGGAUAAAUGUAAGAUGGUUGAGUUGAGAUUAGAAAACUGUGAGCUUACUUUCAAUGGGGUGAGCCAUCUUUUAGAAUCUCUCUCUACUUUGCACAAACCACUUACCUCUCUUUCAAUUGGUGGCAACACUCUUGGCAGUGAUAUAGGAGAAUCAAUAGGCAAAUUUAUAUGCACAGGCAUUCUAGCUCUUGACAUUGAUGAUGUUGGACUUGGUUCCUCUGGCUUCUCAAAAGCGCGAGAACACAUAGUGGAAGACUCAAAGCUCUUAUGCAUCAACAUAAGCAAGAAUCGUGGUGGCAUUGAAACUGCAAACUUUAUGUCAAAGCUUUUUUUACAUGCACAAGAACUUUUAGCCAUUAAUGCUGGAUAUAACCUCAUGCCUGCUGAAUCAUUGGCAAUCAUAGGAUCUGGCCUUGAAGUUGCAAAUGGGAAACUAGAGUUCUUGGACUUGAGUGGGAAUGUAUCAUGUCAAAACCCUGCUGAUGCAUCUGUGCUUGCUAAGUUUGAAGUCUAUGGAAAAUUAGUUCUCGAUUCUGCGUCAUCUUCAACACUUAAUGCACCUUAUGAUGACGAACCAUAGUUACUUAUAAGGGGAAUGUAGUAUUAGGUUUAUUAUUAUUAUUAUUUUAUUCUUAGCAUAUACAUUGUCUUCUUGUUACGCGUUUUCUUAAAAAAGAAUCUGUUUGAUCUUGUACGCGAACACGUUAUGUCUUAGUUCUCUCCAUUUUUUGUCUCUGAAAAGGGGAACUUCUCUGGACUUUUGUAUGAGAGCUUACGUAUCUUCAAGUGUUUGGUUUAUACAACUUGUUACAAACAACAGCGUUUGAAUUUAUCUUUCACGGGGUUAUAGCU